GGAGCCGCUUCCUGCACCUGCUCACCUCACCGAGGGCGCGCACACCGGACAGCAGGCGCGGGGGGAAAGAAAAGAAAAGAAGGGAAGGAAGAGGAGGAGAGAGGAGCUGGAGGCAGCGGGGCAGGUACCGUGGCACUGGUGAAUGAUCCGAACCUCACGCGCGCACAGGAGGCAGACAUGGACCUGACGCUGCUGCUCCGGAAGCUGGCGCUCGUCUCGUGCGUGUGCGUGCUGCUGGCCGGUUGCGCGCGCGCCUGCGGUCCGGGCCGGGGCUACGGCAUGCGCAGACACCGACACCGGAGACUGACGCCGCUCGCCUACAAGCAGUUCAUCCCCAACGUGGCGGAGAAAACGCUGGGCGCCAGCGGGAAGUACGAGGGCAAGAUCACGCGCAACUCGGAGCGCUUCAAGGAGCUCAUCCCCAACUACAACCCCGACAUCAUCUUCAAGGACGAGGAGAACACCAACGCGGACCGCCUCAUGACCCAGCGAUGUAAAGACAAGCUGAACGUGUUGGCCAUCUCGGUGAUGAACCAGUGGCCCGGAGUGAAGCUACGUGUGACGGAGGCCUGGGACGAGGACGGCAACCAUUUUGAAGAGUCUUUACACUACGAGGGCCGAGCGGUGGACAUCACGACCUCGGACAGAGACAAGAGCAAGUACGGGAUGCUGUCGAGACUCGCUGUGGAGGCCGGAUUCGACUGGGUUUAUUACGAAUCCAAAGCGCACAUCCACUGCUCCGUCAAAGCAGAGAAUUCCAUCGCUGUUAAAUCUGGCGGCUGUUUUCCUGCAUCUGCGUCGGUUUACCUCUCAGACGGAAGCACGAAGCACGUGGAGGAUCUGAAGGAAGGUGAUAAGGUUCUCGCAGCAGAUGAGCUAGGAAACAUCGUGUACAGCGACUUCAUUGCCUUCCUGGACCGAGACGUGAACAUGCACCGAACAUUCGUUGUACUCGAGACGUCGGAGCGUAACGUGACUCUGAGGCUCACAGCGGCGCACCUGGUCUUCGUCCGAGACAACUCGGCUGCCUUGGGGAUGGCGGCGAAGUUUGCGAGCAGAGUGAAACCAGGACAGGAGGUGUUUGUGUGGGAAGGGCAAGGACGUCUGAGGAGUGCACGUGUAGAGCGUGUUUACGCCGUGGAGGACAGGGGCUCGUAUGCGCCACUCACCUCACACGGGACCAUCGUGGUGGACGGCGUGUUGGCUUCAUGCUACGCUGCUGUUGAGGAGCACCGCUGGGUGCACUGGGCUUUUGCGCCUCUCCGCCUGAGUCACGCACUCACGGCGACCUCAUGGUGGCGCUGGAGUGUACCAGAUUCAAUCGCUACUUCGCAGCAGGAUGGGAUUCACUGGUAUCCCAAGAUGCUGCUGCACGUUGGAACGUGGCUGCUGGACCGGGACUCUUUCCACCCGCUCGGGAUUUCAAGCUUGAGCUGAGACUCGUACAACUUACAGGAAUGUUUUAGUCCAAAAUGCCAACUCUGCUAACGGUGAAUGAAAGCUAACAGACGUCAGUUAGCAUGGCAUGCUUGGGAUAAUCAGUGGCUGUUUACUUCAUUUCAUUUCCCAAUCAAUCACGCUAGCUUUCUGUCAGAGAAAUUCCAUACAUGUGAACGGAAAUUGUUGCAACGCAUCCUAGAUUUUUGUGAAUAAAUAUCUCUAGAUUUCACAUUUGUUGAAGCACGAGGUGCAAAUUCACAGCACUGCUAACGAGCAGAACUGGCUGUGUUUCUGUCUGAAGAGGCGGGUCUUCAUAUUUUCAACGCAAAUAGAGGAUGUUCUAAUUGUAGUCAGCAUGAUAUUUUAUACAAAUUUCCCAGCAUUUAUGUUUUUUACUUUUUAUUUUUAGCAAAUCAGGCAACUUGCUAGCAACCAACUACGGCAGAUGGACAAACACAGAUUUCUAACAAACUCAACACAGUGAAAUUAGCUGAACUGAAUUUACGAAGUUAGUAAAAUCUAAAUUCUCGUACCUGAAUCUAAAAAUGCUGAGUCACAGCUAAAGUGCUAACUGCUCCAAAACUUCUCUGUGUCAGAUCUAUUCCUCAAACUUCUCAUGUGUCUGUGGCUUUGUUCAGUGUUAGCAUUAGCAUUAUGGACUGAAAUGUUCUACACAGUGGCAUUAACUAAAAGAAAUGGUUUUGGAGGGAAAAAAAAAUCACAAUUUUACACAGACUUCACAUUUACCUCAUAUAUAGUCACUCACAAGACAUGAUGUACAUGCUAGCCAGGCUAAUGGACGCUUAUGAACACCAGUUAGCAUCAUCCAAACUGCAGACUCAAUAAUCAUCUCAAACUGUGUUACAUAACUGGCCUCUGUGGUGUUGUUGUUGUUUUUUUGCGUUAUUCACUUGUGUGUUUUAGUGUUUAGCUAAUCGGUAUGCGUAAACGUCCAUUACUUGUUAGCGACAUUAGCCUAACAGACCGAAGCAAAAUGAUGGACAUGAGAGGAACCGUGUCCUAAUAAUUAGUGCUGAUUUAAUUUUUCUCCUUGAAUCACUUCUUUAGAAUCCUGAUCACGUUUUGUUCAAUAAUUUAUUUGUUUUUGGAUCAUUUGGAAACGUAACGAUGGGAUUCAGGAUUCAGAGAGAUGAAGUGAGAUUGAGGAGACUUUAAAAUCUCUCCGAAUGCUGACUGACGGCUCUAUUUUACUGGAUAGUCCAACGCUUAUAAAUUAUAUUUUUCUACACAGAUUUGUAUAUUAGGUUUUUUGACGGAUCUAAACUAUUUACAGAAUCACAUUUCGUUAUUUGAAA